UUAGCCACUAUACCCAGCCACCACAUGGCUUUAAACUCCAUGUCUCUAUCAUUUCAGAUGCUCUAAACAUCCCUGCCAUCUGGUCCAGAUGGAGUCCUCAGGCAACCCAGAGAGCACCACCUUUUUUUACUAUGACCUUCAGAGCCAGCCGUGUGAGAACCAGGCCUGGGUCUUUGCUACCCUCGCCACCACCGUCCUGUACUGCCUGGUGUUUCUCCUCAGCCUAGUGGGCAACAGCCUGGUCCUGUGGGUCCUGGUGAAGUAUGAGAGCCUGGAGUCCCUCACCAACAUCUUCAUCCUCAACCUGUGCCUCUCAGACCUGGUGUUCGCCUGCUUGUUGCCUGUGUGGAUCUCCCCAUACCACUGGGGCUGGGUGCUGGGAGACUUCCUCUGCAAACUCCUCAAUAUGAUCUUCUCCAUCAGCCUCUACAGCAGCAUCUUCUUCCUGACCAUCAUGACCAUCCACCGCUACCUGUCGGUAGUGAGCCCCCUCUCCACCCUGCGCGUCCCCACCCUCCGCUGCCGGGUGCUGGUGACCAUGGCUGUGUGGGUAGCCAGCAUCCUGUCCUCCAUCCUCGACACCAUCUUCCACAAGGUGCUUUCUUCGGGCUGUGAUUAUUCCGAACUCACGUGGUACCUCACCUCCGUCUACCAGCACAACCUCUUCUUCCUGCUGUCCCUGGGGAUUAUCCUGUUCUGCUACGUGGAGAUCCUCAGGACCCUGUUCCGCUCACGCUCCAAGCGGCGCCACCGCACGGUCAAGCUCAUCUUCGCCAUCGUGGUGGCCUACUUCCUCAGCUGGGGUCCCUACAACUUCACCCUGUUUCUGCAGACGCUGUUUCGAACCCAGAUCAUCCGGAGCUGCGAGGCCAAACAGCAGCUAGAAUACGCCCUGCUCAUCUGCCGCAACCUCGCCUUCUCCCACUGCUGCUUUAACCCGGUGCUCUAUGUCUUCGUGGGGGUCAAGUUCCGCACACACCUGAAACAUGUCCUCCGGCAGUUCUGGUUCUGCCGGCUGCAGGCACCCAGCCCAGCCCCGAUCCCCCACUCCCCUGGUGCCUUCGCCUAUGAGGGCGCCUCCUUCUACUGAGGGGCCUGUGGCGGUGCAGGCGCAGGUGCAGGUGGACAGGGACUGGAAUGGGGGUCAUGGAGAAGCGGGCCUGGAAGGAGCAUUGCAGAACACAGCAGGGUGGAGACGUCUCCUCCGCUGCAGGCGUGCAGUGAAGAUCAUUCAUUACACCAGUGGGUCCCGCCAGCCUCUCAUCUGCGGGAAAGUGGCUUCCUACCUGGGAAUUUUAUACUGCCAUCCAAAAAAACAUUUCUUGAACUCUGAGUUCAUCUUGCACGCUCCUUCAUUUAGACAUGUGUUUCUAAUCACUGUUUAGUUCAGAAGGUUCUAAGACAUGAAAGGAUUCUGAGAAAGGUGCUUCCUUGGAGACUUCACAGGGCCUAAAGCUCGUUGUGUGUGAUAACUGCACGAUGCUGACAAGACAGUGCCUCCCUUCCCUGACUGUAGGGUCGUCCCUACUGGUUUAUUCACUUUGGAGGCGCCUGGCUCCGUAUUCCUCAGGUACUGCUGGAUGAGGCUGUCUGGAAGACAAAAGUCGCCAUACCCUGAGAUAAGCAGUCAUGUUGAUAUCUGGAUUCUAAAAAUCCACAACUAGACUGGAGAAAUGUUCUGUAUCCUGGAUCCAAGUCCUAGCCCACAAACUGGCCCUUAAAAAUUUAGCUCAUAAAAUUUGAUUGAAGGAAUGAAUUUAAUAAGUGCUACCUUCUGCACUAAGUAUUUAUUCAGAGAAUACAAAGAUGAAUGAGAUACAGUUGCUACCCUCCAGGGGCCAACAGCCCAGCCCCAAAGGCUCACCUACCUUGGUGAACACCCACCUUGGUGAAGGCAUCUAGGGUGGACUCCUCCAACAUCUCAUCCUUCCCAGGUGGAUAGUGAGCUGACUUCAGAUUUAUCACUUUGUACCUAAAGUGUCCUCCUUCUAUUUGGUUGAU